GAUAACUAAGAUAAAAUCUAUAUUUCUUUAAGCAGAUGCAGAUGUCUUCCCAGAAACGCAUUUAUCGGUUGGCUUUUUCCAAGGAUUAUAUACAGAACAAUAAUAAAAGUUACUUUUCUGGUAAAUUUGGUAUAAAAAACAGGGUUCGAUAUAAGAUGAAUUCGAUGUAACGUAAAGAGUUGAAAAAAUCGUUACGUUAUAACGCGGAAUAGCUGUUCUCUGUAACAUUAACGUUCUACGAUGAACUUUUAAAAUCGUAAUGUGCAAAACCACAAUAAUUAACAUUUUUUCAUUAAACAUUGAUCCCAUUACCAGUACAAAUCGGAUCGAUAACAGAUGCGUAUAUGCGAAUCCGCAAAAUUUUCAACAUGAAGCCUAAAGAUUCCUACAUUUGAAUUCUUGAGAAAUCAACGAGAAGGUUUUUCAUAUGCGAUUCGAACAGAUUCUGUCCGUAUCACAGAUACGAUUCCUGGGGUAGUGAUGGAAGGUUGACCAAAAAAAAACCACCACGCGGUGGGGAAUGUGAUUACCAAACGGCCUCUAUUCGGAAAAUAGCUAAUUCUCAGUAUCCACAAGAGUAGCAUCACUCACAUGCUCUGUGAGGAAUAUAGAUUAAAAGUUAUACUUACACAGUACCCCAAGCACCGUUCAACAUGACUCUGUUAGCUAUUCGAUAACUAUUACAGGGGUAACUGGAGUUUAUCAAAUAAACAUUUUCUUGCACGGUUCGGUGGUUUUUAACCAUGAAAAUCAUGCGUGAAUAGAAAAAUCUCCCCUGAAAACUAUCACGUGUUGAGAAUCCUUGCGCAGGCAACAACACCAUGGUAACCAUUUGUUUGGUCACACUUUCAGUCAACGAAGCGUUCAUAGCAAAAAUCAAACAUUGCCUACUGAGCAUUUGUUUUCCUAUAAAAAAAAACAUGAAUCUAGUCGCACGCUCAGAACGCAACACUUGAUGGCCGAACUUUACAUCUUUGGAGAACUGUGCCACGCGUCCGAGUACGAAGAACCGAACCUGUUCUGCAGGUGGAGUGUCCAGUUUGGCUCCUGCUGGAAGGUUAUCGAAGGCCACUCCGAAGGUCAAAGCAGCGCCAGUACGGCCCGCGUUGAACGUCGAUCCUGCUUCAGCACUCCGAUUGACCUUCACUUGGCUAGCCGGGGCAUUCAGGGCUGGCCGAAACUACACGUAGAAGUGUUUGCUUUGAAUUCAUUCAACAACUACUGGCCUGUUGGUUACGGAUUCGCCUAUUUACCCAGCCAACCUGGAUUACACCGCGUUCGGAUUCCUACGUGGAAAGUUUCAUCACCGAAAUUUUUUGACACGGUACGGGAGAAGUUUCAUACCGGUGGAUUUACGGUGGCUAAAAGUGAUAUCGUUUUUUCCGGCAUCGAACGCUACAAGCUGUUAACAAAAUCGGCUGGUGCGGUUGAGUUUGAGCUGAUGUUGAUAUUCAGAAACUUUGCCGAAAAUGGAGUUGAGCUACAUUAA